AUGGGCUCCUUCGCCGGACACCUGCUCCCGGGGAUGAUCUUCCUGAUCUUCUCUCUCUACUACUCCGUGCUGCUGUCUUUCGCUCUGCUCCGGGGACAGAGGUUUCUCAAAGCCCCUCUGCCCCCCAAGGAGAAGCGGGGGCGCCGGUGCUGGCAGGUGGUCCCCGUGGAAGGGGUGAUGAAGGUGGUGGUCACCAUGACCGGCAUCCUCCCCGAGCUCUUCUACCCGCUGGGCGUGAACCGGAUGAAGAUGGUCGACUGGGAGGACCCGCGGCGGCCCUUUCUGUUCAAGGACAACUGGCAUCACAUCACCAUGUACGGCUUCUUCCUGGUCAGCGGCGUGGUGGACAUCGUGAGCCAGUCGUGCCAGGCCCGACAGAACGUCAGGCUGGAGAGAGCGGCCGAGUCCCUGGCCUUCUGCGUCGUGGCUCUGCUCAUGGCCAGCCACCUGGGGAACAAGAGUGCCCUGGAGGUCCGCGUGCACAUCCUCUUCAUCGUGCCCACCCUGCUGGUCAGCUUGGCGCUCUUCGUGGAGAUCUGGGUCCCGGACCACCCCGGGGUCUGGGUGGUCAAGGUCUGGAUGGGGCUUGUGCUCAGCAACUGGAUGUUGCAGCUGGGGGUGCUCAUGUACGUGCCCCCGACCGGGCAGCCGUGGCGCUCCGAAAACCCCGUGGACAUGGCCUUCGUCAUCCUCUUCUUCUGCUGGCACCUGGGCUUGGCAGCGGCCUUGAUGGCCACCAUCUACGGCCUCUGCAGCCUCUGGCACCAUCGCUGCUCCUCCUGGACCGAGGCCUCAGAGGCCAAGUACCAGCUGUGCCCCACGGCCUACAGCCAGGAGGAGCUGGAGAAGCUCCAGGCAGAGGCAGAACUGCUCCGUGAGGGCGUCUGA